GAGGCCGAUGGGUCUGUUAAAGGGUUAAUCCUGGACUGCAGGGACAGGAAGAUGUUCAUAUCUGUGAAACUUAAGGCCAUAUUGCUUUAAGGAAUUCAAGUUCAGCUUCUUAAGGAAUGUAACAAAUGCUCCGGUAUACUUGUGCAUCAUCGGAUUAAAGGUGGUUUCAUUCAACAUGUAAACGGACUGGGUACACACAAGGAAGGGAAGUUUUCUCGAGCGGAUCAGUGCUCCUGAAAACAAUGGAAAAAAUGAGAUAGGUCAAGCUUUAAGACAUUUUGAUAGGCAAAGGACAAAAAAACAACGUGUCCAGAGGAGAUUCAAGUCCAUGGUAAGGUUUGGAAGUAUGUCCUACAGCGACCAGACUCCACCCAGCCCCAGCAGGACCAGCAACAGUAACUCUGGGGCGCAGUAUGCUACUGCCGCGCUGGGCGUGGGCCUCAUUGCUCUGGGGAUUGUCAUGAUUGUGUGGAGCGUGGUGCCGGCGGGGUCCGGAGGGAACAGCUCCAAUUCGGGAACGAACCCCAGUCAAGUUAGGGAGACCUCGUCCGUGGCUUUCGUCCUAGUGGGGGGAGGAGUGGCGCUGCUGCUGCUGUCUGUAUGUCUGAGUGUACGGAACAAACGCCGAGCAGCCAGGGGACAGGAAGCCGGCAGUACACCCGCUAACACACAGGAGGAGGGGGCUACAAUGGACCAACUAGCUCAGAACUACAUGGUCCCCACUUAUGAGGAGGUGGUUAUGAGUGGCCAGUAUCCCAUCAGUCAGUCCUCUGAGCGCCACAACAGUGUCACACAGCUGCCAGCCUAUGAGGAGCUAGAGGAAGGCCUGAACACCGUGGAUGAUGGAUCCAGCCCAUCACGCAGACCUUCAUCCCAAAUCGACCCCAGCACUGGAGCGGGUGGACGCAGAAAUAGCCGUCCCGGUCGCAAGCUGAUUCCCCUUAAAAUGAGGCGCAUCAGAUCUGACAACCUAAGAAGGAAAAGCUUAGGCGAUAUCCAGCAGAGCAACGUGUUCACCAUCGAACCCCUCACUCCGCCCCCACAGUAUGAUGAUAAGAUCCCUCCACUUCCUCCUAACACACAAGAGUGAACCCAUGCUGGAGAUUUACACUGACAUUGAGAUGAAGUGUCCACCUCCUUUAUGAAAUACUACAGCACUGAACUGCAUAUUACUCCUCUGGAUAGGAUAUGCCACUAUCAGCAGCACAGAGUUCACAGUGUUCUGUAAAGGUGGAGCGCCUUCAGAAUGUCUUCCUGUGUUGGCUGUACAUUUCCUGUUUAGAAAAAAACCCUUAAUAAAAAAGAUGUUUGCAGCUGAUUAGAUAAAGCUGAACUGGAUUUUUGAAAGAUGUUUACUGAACAACUGCUGGUUUUGAUAUUGGCUGGUCUUGUUAUUGCCGUUAAACUUGAAAUUCAGCAUUCGAGCUGCCCAGACCUUCAUAGAACAUCUACAGGAACUUUCGAACAGAUGUGAAACUGUAAACUGUGAGUCACAUCAACACUAUUGCGUUUUUGCACUUGUGUGUGUGUGUGUGUGUGUGAGGUGUGUAAGAGUGCAUGUGAUGUUGUUUUGUAAAUGGAAAAUUAACUUAGCUUUAGUUUGUGUGUCGGCUUUAACUUUCUGUGUUUGUGUGCAAGUAUGAUUGUUCUUAGUGACCUUGUUGCCGGAGUGACAAACCGUGAGGUCAUCUGUAUGUGUCUCUCCUCAUGGUUUACAACACAGAGAGGUUCAUUGACCCUGCAGCUGUCUUAUAUCACUCUCUCACCAACACACACCACCAGACACUGAGAAUUUCUUGUCUCCCUUUUUCACUUACUUGGAAACACAAACACUCAGUCUUUUCAUCCCUUUAUUUUUAACUUUUAGAGUUGAUUUGUGUGAAGACAACUGUGUUUCUCAUAGGGCAGCUGUGGCAUCUCCAUGAUGUGAGGUUCAGGCUCCCCGUCAUCUGUCUGCACUAGUGUUUCUCUUCUAAACACUCCAAGAUUUUCACAUUAAAGGGAUAGUUCACCCAAAAAUGAAAAUUCUGUCAUAAUUUACUUACCCUCAGGUUGAUCCAAACCUGUAUGAAUUUCUUUGUUCUGUUGAACACAAAGGAAGAUAUUUUGAAGAAUGUGGGAAACUGAACAGUUCUGGGGCACCAUUGACUUCCAUAGUAUUUUUUUUCCUACUAUGGAAGUCAAUGGUGCCCCAAAGUGGCCUGGUUACAAACUUUCUUCAAAAUAUCUUCCUUUGUGUUCAGCAGAACAAAGAAAUUUAUACAGGUUUGGAACAACUUGAGGGUGAGUAAAUGAUGACAGAAUUUUCAUUUUUGGGUGAACUAUCCCUUUAAGACACACCUGUAGCUGGUUAUUAUUGAAAUCAGUGUUUCUUUUUCUGGAAUUUUUGCUGAUGACACUGCAGUUUAAGACAUGUGGAUGGAAAAUGUUGCUGAAUCUCAUGUGCUAUUUAAUAAUCUGUUAUUUGUUUCUUCUGUUGAUAUUAUUUUUUUUUUUCUAUUUUGGAAUAUUCUGUUUAUAAUUGUAAUCUAUUAUGUUGUGAGAAAUUAAAAAAAAGGUUUGGCAUGUGGUUGUAUUUGAUCUAAAAAAUAAGUAAAACUUUAUUUUGAUUCCCUUUAUAUAUUCUGUUGGAAAUGUUGCACCUAUAUUCCAACAAAUUCUCAUUAGAGUAUUAGUAGACUGUCUGUUUAAUAUCUGCUUUAUUUUGAUGGUCCCCAACAGAUUACCAACUUCUACUAUACCUAACCCUUUAUUCUACAAACCCUAGCCCAAACAGUCUACUAAUACUCAACUUAUACUCUAGUGAGAGCUAGUUGACUUGUCGGUGCAAUGUAGUCGACAGAAUGUCUAAAGUGUACCAUCAAAAUAAAGUGUAACCAAAAAAAUUUGCGCAAUUUAAGGAUUCUAAUAAAACUUAAAACUUAAAAAUAAAUAAGAAACGCAAGUAACACAUGAAACAAUUUUAUUUUCUAAGAUUUGGAAUAUAAAUACUCUAAAAUUUCCAUCUUGAACUGAUGUAUUCAUUCAAUUCACACCCUAACCUUGACACCUGUUUAGUGGAGACUACAAUUCAUUCAGUGACUCUUGUCUUUCAGUUCUAUUCUACCAGGAUUAGUGAUUCAUUGAAUCAUUCACGCAACCGAUCGGUUCCGUGAAGGGCGUAUCCCUUCAACAGGUCCAACCAAUCAAUAGCUCCUUCACGCUUCCCGCACUCGAAUGCUAUUGGUCGUGCUAUACAGGCAGCAAAGCAAAGCAGGCGCGCGAUUCGGAAGUGAGAGAUGUAAGUUAAUAGAAUUUUAUUGUAAGUAAUUUGUUUAAAACCACCUGUACACAUAUGUUUGAUUUUUGAUACAUUUGAAAAUAACUCAAAUGCUCAACUUAGUGGUAGAUUGGUAUAAAACAUAAUAUUUCAGUGUGCGCUGCACACACACAUUAUAUACCUGCUGCUAUCGUCUCGAGGGCUGGUGAGUAACCGUGAAAGUUACCACAUUCCUGCACUGAAAAUAAAUAUACCAUGCCAAUGGUAUAUUUUAAAAGAAUUCCAUCUACUGUAAAUCUUAAUAUCACUCUCUGUCAUCUAAAUCAUAAACUCUAUUAUAUGCUGAGAGUACUUGAUUUGAAUAGCAUAACCUAAAUGGGCAUUGAGUGGUUUUCUGUGGGAGAGUCUUUUAUUUUAAAGGGUACUGUACACCAGAUUUUAACAAUCUUGUCUUUAAUAGUACAGGGAUCACAUGAUCUAGGCCCUGCGGCCACUAAUGGAAAGUAAAAAAAAAAAAAAGUUGAAUAUUUAUGAAGUUGAUAUUUGGGCUUCUUGCAAAUUAUUGAAAUCAGAACAUCUCUGUGUUCAGAGGCUCAUGUUGAGUUUGCAAGUGAUAUAAGAGAGAUUUCAUUCAGUCCUAACUCUUAACAUUUAAAAAAGGAGAAAAAAAAAAUCACAAAAUGAGAAACAUACAGAAAAUAUGGCCUUAGAGCCAGGCUAUACAGGGUUUAAAUACUGAACACGUGCUAUUAACAGAAGUGAGAUUAUUGAGUUACUCAACAGUGACUCUAACCCACAGUGCUUUCUAUUCAGAUUUUUUGAUAAAAUGUCUCUUUCUGGUGUUUAGAUGGUAGUCUAAUAACGGGAGGUUUUACUUUAAACAACUAGGGCCUGGAAUCUGGAUUGUUGUAUUGUAGUUGUCAAGGAAGGGCCCCUAUGUUUUGAAGGAUAAUGCAUCAAGAUCUGUCAGUCAUAAUGUCACACAAAUUACAGCUGGUCAUUUUAAACACCUGGAGGCACUGACUGCUUGACCUUCGACUGGGGUGAAGAGAGAUUUUGGUGAGGGAGGAAGGAAAAGGAGCCUAGUCUUGUUGAGAUUAAGGUGACAAGUAGACUUUCAGUUUGAUAUGUCCAUGAGGCAUGCAGAGAUCCUUUCAGGAGUUGAGUGAUAUCGCUAUAGCAGAAGUAUAAGUUUCAUGAGGACAACACCACCAACUCCACUGAUUAAUGUAGUUAGGGGUGCAACAAGUUCAUUCUCAG